GAAGAGUGAAUAGCGCGCGAGCGCUAAGUUUUUUUUUGUUGAAAACGUGUGGUAAAUUGUUCUCUCGUCUUGAAACGGGCUGUGGAGGGAUCUGUCUCGGCUAACAAAUAUGUUGGCUGAAUAAAAAGAGAACCCAAAUCAACCACACGCUUGUUGCCUUCUUCAGGAGCAACUACAAGAGCGGCUGAGCGAGGCUUUGCUCCGGCUACGGCUUGAUCAAUUGCAAGAGUUUGCCAGAGGGAUGACGCAGCACAACGAUGGCGCGAUCCAAGAUGGCGGCGGCGAUACAGACAGGAGCUGAUCUGAGCUCACGUGUUUAAAGAAACAGUACCGAACUGCAUCGUAAUUUCGAGAUGUCUACCAGUACGCUGAGAAACGAAAUCCAGCACCCUGGACACAUUCAUUAGCGGCCUGAAAGGAUGUGGUAUUGUAAUAGUCCAGAGAGCGCUCUGAAAAGAGCUAACGAGUUCCUUGAAGUUGGUAAAAAGCAGGCUGCUCUUAACGUCCUUUACAAUGUCAUCAAACACAGAAAUCAUCGAACAUGGCAGAAGAUUCACGAGCCCAUUAUGCUUAAGUUCCUGGAGCUCUGUGUGGACCUGCGCAAGAGCCAUCUGGCGAAGGAGGGCCUUUACCAGUACCAGAACAUCUGUCAGCAGGUGAAUAUCAAAUCCCUUGAGGAUGUGGUUCGUACCUACCUGAAACUCGCAGAGGAGAAGACCAAGACUCCCAAAGAGGAGUCUCAGAAAAUGGCAAAUAUUGUGGAUCUGGAUAACAUUCAGACCCCAGAGAGUGUGCUGUUGAGCGCUGUGAGUGGAGAGGACACUCAGGAUCGUACUGAUCAUUUUGCUGCUCACUCCUUGAGUGAAAUUCUUGUGGGAGUCUUAUCGCCAGUGUCUGGACCUGCUGAGGAACAACUCCAAAGUGGAGCGUCUUUACCAUGACAUUGCGCAAUAAGGUCAGUGCAUGCUGUGGAUAUGUCAGAUUUAUAAUACAACUUAUUCACGAUGAGCCACCUGGACCGGCAGAAAUAGGAAUUAUGUGAAAAUGCUUUCAACUCCACCACCAUCAAGUUUGCUGACAACCCGGUUGUGGUGGGCCUCCUCUCCAACAACGAUAAAACGGCCUACCUACAGGAGAUAAAAAACCUGGAGAGAUGGUGCCAGGAGAACAAUCUUCUCAUGAACGUCAGCAAGGCUAAUGAGUGAUAGUGGACUUCAGCAUAAAGCAGGAGUGGUCGUACUAACCACUAAACAUAAACAGGACCCCAGUGGAGAGAGUGGAGAGUUUCUGGUACCUAGAUGUUCACAUCACACAGGACAUGUCUUGGACCUGUCACAUUAACACCCUGGUGAAGAAGGCCCGGCAGCGUCUGUACCAUCUGAGACGCCUAAAGACUUUCUACACCUGCACCAUUAAGAGCAUUCUGACGGGUAGCAUCACUUCGAGG